AAGACACAUUCUGUUCUGUUCUGGCUUCUCCUUCAUUCAGAAUCACAACCUCCGAAACUCAGAUAUCUAGAAGCUCAAAAAUGGUUCCAUUCUCAACAACAAACCAUUCCAUUGUCAUCUUCCCUACAUUUCUAUGAUUUUCUUUCCUCUUUUGUACUGGUUUGUGGGUUUUUCUUAUAGACUCAGUCGGAGUUGAGGGUGCUUGUUAUUGCUCUUACUGUACCGCAUUGGAGAAGAAUAGUCAUAUAGGGGAACUCUGCUGUUUCUGCAACCAUGGUCCUAGGCUUGAGAACGAAGACCAGGAGGAGCUCUGCUGUUCAGAUUGAUUACCUUGUCCAUAUUCAGGAGAUUAAGCCCUGGCCCCCAUCACAGUCGCUUAGAUCACUUCGAAGUGUGCUGAUUCAAUGGGAAAACGGUGACCGAUGCUCAGGGUCAACAAGCGCUGUCGUUCCAUCAAUUGGGUCUAUUGUUGGCGAGGGAAAAAUUGAAUUCAAUGAAUCUUUCAGGCUACCUGUGACUCUGCUAAGGGAUAUGUCUGUCAAAGGUGGGGAUGGAGAUGCAUUCCAGAAGAAUUGUUUGGAGCUCAACUUGUAUGAGCCUCGAAGGGAUAGGACCGUCAAGGGCCAGUUACUUGCUUCUGCCAUUAUAGAUUUAGCAGAAUAUGGUGUGCCGAAAGAAACCUUAAGUGUUAGUACUCCAAUGAACUGUAAGAGGAGCUUUAAAAACACAAAUCAACCUGUUUUAUAUGCUACACUUCAGUCUGUUGAGAAGGCUCGCAGUAACACCUCAUCUAGGGAGAGCUUAUCAAGGGCGAUGUCAAUGGAAAAUGUGGGUGGAGAAUCAGUUUCAGCCUUGAUGAAUGAAGAAUAUGCUGAAGAAGCUGAAAUUGCAUCUUUCACUGAUGAUGAUGUUUCCUCUCACUCUUCUGUUGCAGCUUCUUCUAAUGGGGGGCUACAUCCUCGUAAUGAAGAGAAUGGAAUAGACACAAAUGGGAGUAGCAAGAAAAAUACUGGGUCCUCGAAACUACAGCUUGAAAAAUCAAAUCUAGUUCGACAGAACUCGUCAAGUGAAAAUAUGAGGCGAAGUUCGUCGCGCUCGUCAUCAAUAGACUUAUCUUCUGAUAUGGGUAGUCCACAAAAUAAUCUUGCUUCUGUGUCCCACUCUCCAGUUUCAAAUUCUGCCAAAAUCCGGAAAAGUGUUGAGCGUGUUCAUUCCUCUUCAUCUUUGGUGAAUGAAAAUGUGGAAGAGAAUUCUGACACAAGAAGAAGAAGCAUUGACCAUGAAUAUUUAGCUGAAGAGAUUCACGGGAAUGUUGCUAAUGGAAGAAGUAAUUUAACAAAUGAGAAUUCCCAGGCAGUUGAGCAACUGACAUCCAAUGGUAACUCCAAAGUUAAUGGAAACAAUAACGGACAUGCUAAGGAAAUUGGUAGAGAUUUCUCGGAGGCGGCUGGAACAAUUGAUGACAACUAUGAUAACUCUACGGUGGACAGAGAAAGAAAAGAGGAAGAAAAGAUUAAGGAUGAUGGGCAGCACUUAAAUGAGGAAAGUUAUUCAAAAGAAGAUGAAUUUAACAUUGCACAUGCACAAGGUGUUACCAGAAAGCAAUCAUUGGGAAGUGAUACAUCAUCUCCAAGCAGGGAAAAUCUUGGAAUAAAAGAAAGUAUUCUGAAUAAUGAAAGAUUAAAACAUGUGAAAUCUGUUAGAGCAGACCCUUCUAGGAAUGGAUCAGUUGUUAGUAAUCAGUAUGCAGAGAGUAAGGAAACUGGUGUUCCAGGUGAUGCUCCGAGCGGCAUGGGUAGCCUCAGACUUAAGGAAAGAAAAGAUGCUAAGGUCUUCCCAAGAGACACUAGAAGUGCCAUUUUAGAAAGCAAGAUGCAGCAGUUGGAGCACAGAAUAAAAAUGCUUGAAGGAGAGUUGAGGGAAGCUGCUGCAGUUGAGGCUUCUCUUUAUUCAGUAAUUGCUGAGCAUGGAAGUUCUACAAGUAAGGUACACGCCCCAGCUAGGCGCCUUUCUCGGCUGUACCUUCAUGCUUGCAGAGAGAGUUCCCAGUCUAGAAGGGCAAAUGCAGCUAGAAGUGCUGUUUCAGGAUUAGUUUUGGUUGCAAAAGCUUGUGGAAAUGAUGUCCCUAGGUUAACAUAUUGGCUGUCAAAUUCUGUUGUGUUGAGAACAAUAAUAAGCCAAGCUGCUGGGAGCCUGGAGCUUCCACUUUCUACUGGUUCUUCAAAUAAUAGGAAUGGCACUCAAAAGGUAAAAGGCAAGGUAACAUCUCCCUUGAAAUGGAAGGCAUUCUCUCCCAGCAAAAGGGAAGGCAUGGAUCUCUUGUACAGCAGUUUAAGUGAUUGGGAGGAGCCACAUACAUUUACACGUGCACUAGAAAAGAUUGAAAGUUGGAUUUUUUCUAGAAUUGUUGAAUCUAUUUGGUGGCAGACUUUGACCCCACACAUGCAGUCUGUCCCGGAAAAAGAUGUUGAUAAAAAUAAUGGUCCUGGAACAAGAAAAAGCUACAGCAGGACUUCUAGUUUAGGUGAUCAAGAAGAACAAGGGAAUUUUUCAUUAGACCUAUGGAAGAAGGCCUUUAGAGAUUCCUUCGAAAGGCUUUGUCCUGUACGGGCUGGGGGGCAUGAAUGUGGCUGCUUGCCUAUGUUGGCCAGAUUGAUAAUGGAGCAGUGCGUGGCAAGAUUAGAUGUGGCAAUGUUCAAUGCUAUUCUUCGAGAAUCUGGUGAUGAGAUUCCUACUGAUCCUGUAUCAGAUCCCAUCAGUGAUUCUAAGGUCCUUCCAAUUCCAGCUGGGAAAUCAAGCUUUGGGGCUGGUGCACAACUGAAAGUUGCGAUUGGGAACUGGUCUAGAUGGCUGACUGACCUAUUUGGCAUGGAUGAUGAUGACCCACUUGACAAGAAUGAGAACAGCCACGACAGUGAUGAUGAAAGACAAGAUACAACCUUUAAGUCUUUCUAUCUUCUUAAUGCAUUGAGUGAUCUGCUGAUGCUUCCAAAGGACAUGCUCUUAAGUAGAUCCAUCAGAAAAGAGGUAUGUCCCACAUUUGCUGCACCAUUGAUAAGGAGAAUUCUCGACAAUUUUUCCCCAGAUGAAUUUUGCCCUGAUCCAAUCCCUGGUGUUGUGCUUGAAGCUCUAGAAUCUGAGGAUCCUACUGAUGUAGGGGAGGAGGCUGCCACAAACUUCCCAUGCGCCGCUGCUGCAAUUUUCUAUUCUCCACCUUCCACAGCUUCUGUUACAAGCGUAAUUGGAGAGGUUGGAGGUCAUGCACAUCUAAAACGAAGUGGAUCCUCACUGCUCAGAAAAUCAUACACUAGCGAUGAUGAGCUUGAUGAAUUGAACUCACCAUUGGCCUUGAUCAUCAACGAUGCUCCCCGCUCUUCGCCAGUGCCUACAAAAUCAAGUUGGAUUUCAAAAGAAAAGAACAAUCAAAAUACUCUCAGGUACGAGCUACUUCGAGAUGUAUGGAUGGAAAGCGAGUGACUACAAAAUACACACAUGUUAAUAUAGAUUUUUUGUUUUUGUUUUUUGGGGAAGUUGUACAUCUUAUAGUCGUAGAUCCCAUAUUUUCUUACCAAAAUGUAAAAGAUGUGUAUUCGAGAAAGACUCAAAUGUUUGUUAAGAGCGUGUGUGCAAUAAUUUGAGAAAAUAAAUUUUUCAUGGUAACGAAUGUCUUUGAUGUCUAGAAAAAUAAAGAUUGCUACAAGCGUUUCGUGUUGGUUUAUUA